CAAGAGCGCCCGCACAUGUGUGUGAGAUACGAUUCUCUCUUCACAUUUGCAAUAACAAUAAGAAAAACAACUACAGAAAAUUUACCAACUGCGCUGAGCUGAGCAAACGCAGUUUUAUUUUUUUGAAAUCCCUUUGGAAAACAGUUUAAUUUUCUUCACGCAAUGUGACAUUGAUGCAACAAAGUUGACAGAGCAGAGAAGAAAGUGAUUGAAAGUGAAAGAACAUAAGCAAAACAAAGCAUAUAUAAAUAUAUAUAUAUAUAUAAACAUACACAAAUAGUGAGAAAGACUUCGUGGUUAAUUAAGAUAAACAAAGGCAAAAGAAUCAGCAAAUAUAACUGCAGACAUUGAAAACCUGAUGGCAACAACAGCAUCAAAAGCCGCAGCAGCAGCGCCGCCCGCCAAUGCGGUUCCCGUCAUCAGCAGCAGCAGCGACAACAACAACAGCAGCAGCAGCAGCAGCAAUAGCAGCAACAACAACAACAACAACAACAACAACAACAACAACAACAACAACAACAACAACAAAAACAACAGCAACAACAUCAUAAGCGCACCGAUCAAAAUUCCACUGAGCGAACGCUUCUUAACGCAAACAUCCACUGGGUCAGCGGACAGCGGUGUCAUCGUGACGAGCGCCUCACAGAAGCAGCUCUGCAGCGGUUCGCAGGCAACGCUGCUACAGCUGCAACAGCUGCCGGUGCGCAGCAGCAGCGGCUCACUCAGCCUGCACGGCCCGCUGCCCAAAUGGCAACGCCAGCAACAGCAGCAGCGCCAACUGCUGCAGCAGCAGCAACAGCAGCAGCAGCUGCUGCUCAGCCAGGACAGCGGCAUCGAGCAGCGCGUCGGUGAGCGCGCCUCCAGCGGCGCGGGUGGCGCGCAAUCGAACAGCAGCAGCGAAUCGCUGGGCAGCAGCAGCGGCAAUGAACAGUUACAGGUGGCAGCUGCCGGCAGAGGUGGCCGCACACGCGCUGCCUCAGCACUCGAAUUGAGCAGCGUUGGCGUCAGCGUUGGUGCUGGCAGCGUCCUGCGUCGCAUCAAAUACAAGAGCACCAACAGCACUGGAACGCAGGUCUUUGAUGUGGAGGAUCGCAUCGAGGAGGUAGACAUUGGUGAUGAUCGUGACGAUGAGGACGAUCUGGAGGAGGAGGAGGAUGAGGAUGAUGGCGUUGCUGUCGAUGUAGAUGUAGACGAAGAUGAUACACAGUCGGGCAUCAUUAUUAACAUUGGCACCCACGAGCACGAGCAAACAUUGAAGGCAGUGCCUGCGGCUCCACUGAAGCAAGAGGAGGAGCUGCCUUUAGAGUUGGCGCCAUUAACAGUUGCUGCUGCGGCGGCCAAAAGACGUGAUGCACGCAGUUUGGGCACAGAUGGCCGUAUUUUUUUUCCGCUUCUAAAGAUCAACGAGGAUCCGCAUAUUGAUGCCAAGCUGAUCAAUCGCAAGGAUGGCCUGCAGGACACUAUGUACUAUCUGGACGAGUUUGGUAGUCCAAAGCUGCGCGAAAAGUUUGCACGCAAACAGAAACAACGCAAGGCCAAACAGCAAAAGGCGCUGCUCAAACGGGAGCGCGAAGAGCAGCGCAAGAAGCGCAACACAACGGUGGCCUCAAAUCUGGCGGCCAGCGGCCUUGAGACCAAAGACCAACCCAACCCCUGUGAUAGAAAUCGUUUAACGAUUAACAAACAGAUAUCGCAACCGCAUCCAGAUGCCGUUGCCGAUGAUGAUCCCGCUGCUGAUCUGGUAAAGAUGCGCGUCCGCAGUCAUAGUCAUGAUAAUCACUACGAUUCUAUCGCCGAUAUAAAACCUGUCCCAAUCCGCCGUCACUCCGAUGAUCGCAAUGCCGCAGCAGAUGAUGCUGGCUACGUUUAUGAUGACGAUGAUGAUAUUGAGACAGGCGCCGAAGCGGAGGCUGCACUGCAUGAUGGCAACGACAGUCUCGAGAGUGUAAAGACUGCAAAACUGGCUAGAACACAAUCCUGCGUUAGUUGGACCAAAGUGGUGCAAAAGUUUAAGCAUAUACUAGGCAUGAAACAGUUGAUCGGAAAAUUGAAUGAUUUGUGGCCCGAACACAGCGUCGCAUUAUCCAUUCCAAAGGAGGUCGAUAGGAGCAAGGAGAAACUUGAGGGCGCCUGGGAGACAACAGGUCGUGAUGGUUCCAAAAUUACAACAGUCGUUGCAACGCCUGGCCAAGGCACCGAUCGGGUUCAAGAAGUUUCCUAUACAGAUACAAAAGUUAUCGGCAAUGGCAGCUUUGGGGUCGUAUUUCAGGCGAAACUCUGUGACACCGGCGAAUUGGUUGCAAUCAAAAAAGUUUUACAAGACAGACGAUUUAAGAACCGUGAAUUGCAAAUAAUGCGCAGAUUGGAGCAUUGUAACAUUGUAAAACUUUUAUACUUUUUCUAUUCGAGCGGUGAAAAGUUGGCCGAAUUUCCCAUCGAUUUGGGCAUUUUAGCCGCUGUGCUCAAGCCUCAGCGAGAUGAAGUAUUUUUGAAUUUAGUCCUCGAAUAUAUACCAGAAACUGUAUACAAAGUGGCACGUCAAUAUGCCAAAACCAAGCAGACGAUACCAAUCAACUUUAUACGGCUCUAUAUGUAUCAAUUGUUCAGAAGCUUGGCAUACAUUCAUUCGCUGGGCAUUUGCCAUCGUGAUAUCAAGCCGCAGAACCUGCUGCUCGACCCGGAAACGGCCGUACUCAAGUUGUGCGACUUUGGCAGCGCCAAGCAGCUGCUGCACGGUGAGCCGAAUGUGUCGUAUAUCUGCUCCCGGUAUUAUCGGGCCCCUGAGCUCAUAUUUGGCGCCAUCAACUAUACAACUAAGAUCGACGUUUGGAGUGCCGGUUGCGUGUUGGCCGAACUGCUUUUGGGACAGCCCAUAUUCCCCGGCGAUUCUGGUGUCGAUCAACUGGUCGAGGUGAUCAAAGUUUUGGGCACACCGACAAGAGAACAAAUACGCGAAAUGAAUCCAAACUAUACGGAAUUCAAGUUUCCGCAGAUUAAAAGUCAUCCAUGGCAGAAAGUUUUCCGUAUACGCACUCCGACAGAAGCUAUCAACUUGGUGUCGCAGCUGCUCGAGUACACGCCAAGCGCCCGCAUCACGCCGCUCAAGGCCUGUGCACAUCCGUUCUUCGAUGAGCUGCGCAUGGAGGGCAAUCACACCUUGCCCAAUGGCCGCGACAUGCCGCCACUAUUUAACUUUACAGAGCAUGAACUCUCGAUACAGCCUAGCUUAGUGCCACAGUUGUUGCCAAAGCAUCUGCAGAAUGCAGCCCACACAGCCGGUGCUAAUCGCGCCUCGGCCGGCGGUGCAGCACCCGCCGCGGCCAGUGGCUCAACCAGCGUCUCCUCAACGGGCAGCGGUGCGUCCGCUGAUGGUGCCGCUCAGCCACAGCAGCAGCAACAGGCGCCCACAUCAGCAGCAGCAGGAGCUGCCACAGUUGCCGGUGGCGCCGCAAACGUUGGCGUUCAGGGUAACAACAGCAGCAGCAACAGUGGUAAUGCAACUGCCGUCGCAUCUGCUGUUGCAUCGGCUCCAAAUGCGCAGCAAUCAAAUGCGCCAGCAACUGUCAUCGGCGGUGGUGGCGGUGGUGGCGUUGCGGCAGCUGCCACAGCAGCCGGCGCAAAUACCACAAGCAAUGCUGGUGGCGCCAACAUAACAGGCUCGCAGUCAAACAGCGCCUUGAACAGCAGCGCCAGCGGCAAUGGUGAGGCUGAGGGCAGCGCUGCAGGUGACGAGGGUGGUGGUGGUGGCAGCAGCAAUGGCAGCGGCGACAACGACGCAGCAGCAGCAGAAGCUGAGGCAACGUCAGCCGGCACAUCGGGUUAGCACAGCGGCGGCGCCAUGUUAAUGUAAAUGUUGUUUACAGUGAACUGUUGUUAACAUUUUUUUUGUGCUCGCCUCUUAUGCAACGGGGCUUAAAGUAAAUAAAACAACAUUCAACUUACAACUUCACACAUACAGAAAGAAGCACGGAAAGAGCAAAACAAGUGAAGAGAAAUUCCAGUCUAAAAAAAAGUUCACCCAAAUCGCAUAUGUAGGAAUAGCAAGGGUUAAAUAAAAUAUUUGUUUUAAACAGCGCUUAAAUUUAUUUUCACCCAACACACACACACAUGCAUGCAUGCAUAUGUAAUUCUGUAUCUAUGCAUGCAGUUGUGUUCUUCCGAAAGCUUUCCCUAUGUUAAAAGCUUUUCUCUGCUCUCCUCUCAUGGAUCGCAGAUACAUGUCUGUUGCACACACAUGCAUAUGCAGCGUGCAUAAGCGAUGUGUGUGUGUGUGUGUGUGGGCUUGUAUUGUAUAUGUGUGUAUGAUUGCUUGUACAUUGGGCGCAACGCAAAAUCUUAGCAUAAUCUAAAACAAAAUAAUAAACCCCACAAAAUACAAAAAAAAUACAAAGCAAAGCAAAUGCCUAACUGCAUAUGUAACAAAUAUGCAUUAUUAAUCAAAAAGGAAAAAGGGAAAAGCAAAAAUAAAAACCUAACGCAUUAUAGUGAAUAAAAAGCAAUUUGCAAACGUAAUAAAUAAUAAGCAAAACAAAAAAAAUGAGCAAAAACUUAGUAAAAUAAAUCCACAUUUUUUGUCCCAUUUAAAAUACAAUUAAAAGUUAUUUAUAUAUAACCACAACAACACAAACAACUCUACAUGUUGAUCUGUUGUUAUUGUUGUUGUACUUAAGAAUAAAAACAAACAACAAACAAUACAAAAAAAUCAACCCAAAUCCACAACAUCCAUUUAUAUAAUUUUGACAAUGUAUGCGAAAUGAUAAAAUAGAAGUUACAAAUAGCAUAUGACAAAUAUAUGCCCAUCACCUAAACCCAUAUGAAAAAUAUAUAUUUAAAUAUAUAUGCAAUACAUAUAUAUAUCUAUAUAUAGAUAGAUAUAUAUCUCUAUAUAUAAAACUGUUUGUCCUGACUGACUGACUGACUGACUGGUGAUCAACGCACAGCCCAAACCGUAAGAGCUAGGAAGCUGAAAUUUUCACUGUAGUUACCUUAUGUAAUGUAGGUGCUCGUUAAGACGGGGUUUCGGGUAAUUCCACCCGCAAGUGUGGAAAAAUCGCGAAAAACGUUUGUAUGUAACUUUUUUGUUUACCAUCCGAUCGGCCCCAAACUCAUUUUCAAAGAUCUAUGUUCAAAUUCAUUUGAGGGGUGUUUCACACUUUUAGGAAAAUCCGUUCCUCCUGGGUGGAAAUGGAGGUCAAAGAUUUGGUAGGUGACGUUUCGCCCUCAAAUUUAUUUCCAAGUAUCUAUAUGAAAAUUCAUUUGAGACGUGUUUUUCACUUUUCGUUGAAUUCAAACUUCUUCGGGGGGAAAGCGAUUUAAAGAUUUUUUUGGUGAAUUUUAAGUUUGUUGAUUUUACAUUGAUUUUAUGACAUACGUGCCACGGGCAAGGCAGGGUUAUACCCGCUAGUAUAUAUAUAUAGAUACAUAUAUAUAUAUAUAUAUAUAUAUUUAUAUUACAUAUGUGUUAAGGUGAUGAGCAUAUAUUUGAAUGUAGACAAACAUAUAAACAAAUUGCUCUCUAUACCGGACUCACGUCGCAAAUCGUAAUUGAAAAUCGUCUCCAAUUUCGAAUCCAAAACCGAAACCAAGUUCCAGUGUCCUAUUAAACCAAAGCCCUUAUAUAACUAUUAGUCUUCAGUCCAACACUAGCAUUUUAAUACGAUUAUAAAACGAGAAACUCAAGAACGUCUACUAUAAACAACAUAGCAUAAUACUUGAUUAAAACAAAAGCAUAUAUAUAUAUAUAUAUAUAUAUAUACACAUACAUAUAUAUAUAUAUAUGUUUUUUAAUUUAGUGAAAAUAAUAUGUAAAAAAAAACACGCUUUUAGCGAGCGACGCCACCCAUUAAAAUAAAGAAUAAUUUACAAAACAAAACAAAAGAAAAAACAAACAA